UAUUUUGUAUUUGUAAUUUAUUUCAUGUAUUUAUGCCCAUCUCUGUAGUAAUCAUAAACUGCCUAUCACCCCAAAAUACCCUGGAGGGGUGUGUGGUUAGUUUUGGGCAUCCGAUAGUCAGUAGGCAGGCCUACUAUAUACCAACAAAUCAUUAUAUCAUUGUUUGUAUUCCAGUGCGCUUCCCAUGAGUCACGCGCAUGCAGUGUGGGUUGCGUCACUUACCUCUACAGUACAUAUAACUGCACCUCUCUCCCCAGAUAGUUAAUUCAAACACUGAUUUCAAGCGCUGAGGAAACACAAGACAAACCACUGGAAUGAGAAGCAUCGUGUCGUUAAUUCUUCUUAUGCACAUGGGGUUCAUGGUUUGCCAAGGAGCCAACCCCUGCUGCUCAGAGCCAUGUCAGAAUCGAGGUGUCUGUACGGCGCUUGGUUCAGACUCUUAUGAAUGUGAUUGUACGCGCACUGGAUAUUACGGCCAGAACUGCACGACACCUGAGUUUCUCACAAGGGUAAAAGUGUCUUUGAAGCCUUCUCCCAACACUGUGCAUUACAUUCUGACGCAUUUCAAAAGCUUGUGGAAUAUUAUCAACAGCGUGACGUUUCUGCGUAACGCCAUAAUGCGUUAUGUACUCACGUCACGCUCCCAUCUGAUUGACAGCCCCCCUAUAUACAACUCUGACUAUGGCUACAAAAGCUGGGAAGCUUAUUCCAAUCUCUCUUACUACACCCGCACAUUGCCUCCUGUUCAUCAUGAUUGCCCAACACCGAUGGGAGUCGUAGGUAAGAAAGUUCUGCCAAAUGUUACUGUGUUGGCUGAGAAACUUCUAGUGAGAAGAAAGUUCAUCCCGGACCCUCAACGCACAAGUCUCAUGUUUGCUUUCUUUGCUCAACAUUUCACACAUCAGUUUUUCAAAACCGACCAAAAGAAAGGUCCAGCUUUCACAACAGCCAAGAAUCAUGGGGUUGACUUGGCUCACAUAUAUGGACAGGAUCUUGAUCGGCAACACAAGCUGAGACUUUUCAAAGACGGCAAGCUGAGAUAUCAGAUUCUGGAUGGUGAGGUGUAUCCUCCAACAGUCAGUGAGGUUGGAGUGGCCAUGCACUACCCUCCACAUGUACCCGAGUCACGUCGCUUCGCUGUUGGUCAUGAGGCCUUCGGAUUGGUUCCCGGACUCAUGAUGUACGCCACCAUCUGGCUGCGCGAACACAACCGUGUGUGCGAUGUCAUGAAACAGGAACAUCCAGACUGGGACGAUGAGAGGCUUUUUCAGACCUCACGGCUCAUCCUGAUUGGCGAGACCAUUAAAAUUGUAAUCGAAGAUUACGUCCAGCAUCUUAGUGGCUACCAUUUAAAGCUCAAGUUUGAUCCUGAACUUCUCUUCAAUGAGCAAUUCCAGUACCAAAACAGGAUCGCUGCUGAAUUCAACACCCUUUACCAUUGGCACCCUCUUAUGCCGGAUGAGUUUCAUGUCCAAGACGAAGUCUACAAUUACAAUCAGUUUCUCUUUAACACGUCUAUGCUGACUGACUAUGGCGUCAACAGCUUGGUUGAGUCCUUCACUAAACAGAUAGCUGGACGGGUUGCUGGGGGGCGUAAUGUAUCACCAGCUGUUUUAAGGGUGGCCAUAAAAUCAAUUGAAGACAGCAGGAAAAUGCGCUAUCAGUCGAUCAACGCCUACAGGAAACGAUUCAACAUGAAGCCAUAUAAAUCCUUUGAAGAAAUGACAGGAGAGAAGGAGAUGGCCGCAGAACUGGAGGAGAUGUAUGGAGAUGUAGAUGCUGUGGAGCUAUACGCUGGUUUACUGAUUGAAAAGCCCAGGCCUAAUUCCAUCUUUGGAGAGACCAUGGUGGAGAUGGGUGCCCCCUACUCCCUCAAAGGACUUAUGGGAAACCCCAUCUGCUCCCCAGAAUACUGGAAACCCAGCACCUUUGGUGGGAAAGUGGGCUUUGAUAUCAUCAACACAGCUUCUCUGCAGAAGCUGGUUUGUAAUAAUGUCAACGGGCCGUGUCCUAUGGCCUCAUUCUCAGUACCUGAUGUAAAAGAUUCAGUACCUGCUACUAUAAAUGUGAGUACAUCUCACUCGGAUCAAAAAGUCAACCCAACAGUUUUACUUAAAGAACGGACGUCUGAGCUUUGAUAAAUGUCUGUGAAUAAAGAACAUUAUUUAUUAUUUAUUUAUUUAUAGGAUAUUUAUUUGUAUUUAUUCCACCACGAUAUCUACCUUUUUUAAUGAAAUGUUUUGUACAAAUGUUAUAUUUUGUCUUGAACUAUUUAUUAAAUAUGUAUGCUGUAUGUAUUGUAAAAAAAGAAUGUUUACAGUAGGCCAUGAGAUAUUAGUGAUGAAUGUUCCAGUGUCAUAUUUUUUGUUGAUUGUACUUGAAUCAGAUGACUUUAGUUGUUUACAAUGUUUUUUUUGUAUUUAAUAUUUGUUGUUUUGUUUUCUCAAAAUCUUUGUAAUUGAACAUAUAGAUCAUAAGAGAAUAAUAACAAUUUUCCAUACUGACAAAAUAUGUUUUUUAUACUGACAAAAUAGUACCAUUUUACACAGCUAUUUUAAAAUGUCAUUCCUUUUAAACUUGAAUUUCUGACUUUAUAAUUUAAUGA